AUGUCAGGCGGGGCAAGUCCAUGGAGAGCGCCCUCCCAGUUCUUGGAAGGGGCCGUGCCAACCGAUGAUUUCUACCCGCUGCCCGAGUACGUGGCCUCCCUGAUCCCCCCUGCCGCCCAGCCGGUAUCCUUUGACCGGUUUGUGGCCGAGCCUGGGUUUGGGGAUGAACGGGGGAGAGCCUCCUACAUCGCCGCGCCCCCGGAAGGCAGCGGCGUCGGCGCCGCCGAAGGAGGCGACCAAGGGCUUGGAAGCAGCGUCGAGGACGGCGGCGCCCAAGAAACGGGCAGCGGCAUCAACGGCUGCUACGCCGAAGAGUUGGGGAGCGUCGCAGGUGGCGCACACGAUUUGGAUAGCGGCUUCGACACCGACGUCGCCCAAGAACGGAGCCGCGGUGUCGGCGACGCUGGUGUCGGAUACAAGAAAAGGUUUAGAGGCCGGGAAGGAUCUGAUGUUAGAGUUGGGCCGCCAAGAGAGGUAGGAGCAGUGGAAUUAGCCUUGAGGAAUUCGUCGACGAGGAAGACAAAAUACAUUUUGGAGCCAGUUGUAGGCACUUCUUUCGACUCUCUGGCAGAAGCCCAUGAGUUCUACAACCUGUAUUCAUGGGAGGUCGGUUUUGGUAUUAGAUAUGGGAAAAACUACACAAACGGGAAAAACUACCGGUCAUCGCAACAGUUGAUUUGUCAGAUGGAGGGGAUUGACAAAAGGGACAAGAAUGACUCCGCUCGGUGUGGGUGCAAGGCGAUGAUUCGGCUGCACAGGUCAGAUGAUGAUGGCUGGUUUGUGGAGACGAACCGUCCUGAUCACAACCACAUACUGACCGACAAUUGUGGUGAGAAGAUGCAGUGGAACUCACACAAGAAGAUUGAUCAGGCAACGAAGGAUACUGUUCGCUACCUCAGGGAGAUCAAUGUGAGCCUCAGUAAAGUGCACUGCAUUCUGGGCAGCAUGCAUAAGUCAGGUGACAGACUCCCCUUUACGAAGAAGUCGCUGCGCACGGUCUGCCAACAGAUAGCAUUUGACCAGAAAGACGAUGACAUCAAGAAAACAAUAGAUCUGUUUAGGAGCAUGCGUUCUACGGACCCUGAUUUUGCCUUCAGGUUUGACCUUGAUCCUGAUGGUAGAAUCAAAAAUCUCAUAUGGACAUCUGGGCGUAGCAGGCGACAGUACACAUGUUUUGGAGAUGUGGUGGUGUUUGACACAACUUACACCACAAAUCUGUACAAGAUGCCAUUUGGGUUGUUUGUUGGUGUCAAUAACCACUUCCAGACAGUGAUAUAUGCGGGUAUCCUCAUGUCAGAGGAGACAAUAGAAGGCUUCAAUUGGGCAUAUAAAGAAUUUGUAUCGCUCAUGGGGGGCAAGGCUCCCUUGACCAUGUUGACAGAUCAGUGUCGGGCCAUGGAGGUGGCUAUCGGCAUGACUCUUCCAGGAACUAUACACCGAUGGUGUAAGUGGCAUGUUUUCCGGAAGGCGAAGGAAGAGCUAGGUGGCAUCUUCAGUAAGCAAACAGGUUUCAAGGAUGCCUUCAACAAUGUUGUUAACGAGAUGCUUACUAUUGACGAGUUCGAGAAGGCCUGGGGUAGGCUUAUCGAAGAUUUCGGGCUUGUUGAAAACAGUUUCAUGAUUCGGGCAUUCGAGGCUCGACACAAAUGGGCGAAGCCAUAUUUCAAGGACAAGUAUUGUGCAAGGAUGACAUCAACACAGAGAGUUGAGAGUGCAAACCACAUGUUGAAGACAUACGUUCCCCGGAAUUCUUCAAUGAACAAGUUUGUGUCCCAGUACAACAAACUCCUUAAAGAUAGGAAUGAAGCUGAAGAUUCAGAAGAACACAAGAACAAGCAGUGCAACCGGAAGGAGAGGGGUGGCUGGCCGAUAGAGAAGCAUGCUCGACGUAUCUACACCCGGGCAGUGAUGAAACAUUUUAAAGCUGAGCUGGAGAGGGGCCAGAAUUUCAACCCGCCUAAGGAAUUGGAGGCCCUGAGUUUGUACGAGCUGGAGCAUUCUUAUUCUCACCUCCGUCCAAGCUGGGCUCGAACAACUUUUCGGGUUCGGGUUGAGGGAGGAGAGCGUUUUCAAUGUGACUGCGGUUUGUUUGGUCAUUUUGGAAUCAUGUGUGGCCAUGUUAUCAGACUCAUGAUACACCUUGGAUUGAAUCAGAUCCCCAAUUUUCAUAUAAUGAAGCGGUGGACAAAAUCUGCUAGGGACAUCCUUGGUCCAAAUGUUGAGGGGCCCUCAGAUACAGAGGUGUCUUUGCCGAAGUCUUUUCGGCACAACAUAAUGUAUGUUAGUGCCCUUGAGCUUGUGAAGAUGGGUGAUUUAGGUGAGAGUAGGUACCGCAUAGUCAUGAAGCACAUCACAGCGCUAAAGAAGGAACUCCGGCAGGAUGAUACACCGGUUGCUCCAUUAUAUUACUCCAGUGGUGGCGAGGAUGAAGGGGAAGGUCGGAGGUCUCAUUCAAGGACAACCUAGCUCGAAGGUCUGGCUGACAGUGGGGCAAUGACAAGUGAUGGUGUGACUAUUAAGGAGCCAUUGGUUAAAAGGGGGAGGGGUAGGCCUAAAGUGACAAGGUUCAAGUCAUUUUC